UCUAUGACCUAUCCCCGCAGCCUCAAUAGUUCAUAUCAAUAAUAAAUACCAACUAUCACUGCAUUUCUGGAGCAAAUUCAGAAAAGGCCUGAGACUAAAUUGUGCUAAAACUCUAAUGGUGAAGAGAGAGCACAUUAACAAGAUGAAUGUGCUGAUUAUCAAGUGUCUUGAGAUUGCUUUGCUGCUAGUUUUCUCUGGCAGACAUAUCAUAGCAGAAAACUCGAAAAAGACAUACAUAAUUCACAUGGACAAGUUCAACAUGCCAGCAAGUUUCAACGACCAUCUUCUGUGGUAUGAUUCAUCACUAAAAUCAGUGUCAAAUAUUGCAGAGAUGCUCUACACAUACAAACACGUAGCUCAUGGUUUCUCCACAAGGUUAACUACCCAAGAAGCAGACUUACUAGCAAAACAUCCAGGGGUUCUCUCCAUUAUCCCUGAAGUUAGAUACGAGCUUCACACAACUAGAACACCACAGUUCCUUGGAUUGGAGAAAACCAUCACUCUUUCACAGGCCAAUGGAAAACAAAGCGAAGUGAUUGUUGGAGUGCUAGACACUGGCGUAUGGCCUGAGCUAAAAAGCUUCGAUGACAGGGGGCUUGGGCCAGUACCCAGUAGUUGGAAAGGUUCGUGUGAGAAGGGUAAAAACUUCAACCCAUCAAACUGUAACAGGAAACUUGUUGGUGCAAGGUUUUUCUCCAAAGGCUAUGAGGAAGCUGUUGGACCCAUUGAUGAAAAGAUAGAAUCAAAGUCACCAAGGGAUGAUAGUGGCCACGGAAGUCACACUUCAACUACAGCAGCAGGUUCUGCAGUUGCAGGAGCAAGCCUUUUUGGUUUUGCUAAUGGGACAGCGAGAGGAAUGGCCACACAAGCCCGAGUUGCCGCUUACAAAGUGUGUUGGCUUGGUGGGUGCUAUUCAUCAGACAUAAUUGCUGGAAUUGACAAGGCCAUUCAAGAUGGUGUCAACAUCCUUUCCAUGUCUAUAGGGGGAGGUUUGGCGGAUUAUUACAAAGACGUUGUUGCAAUCGGAACUUUUGCAGCCACAGCUCAUGGAAUACUAGUUUCUAAUUCAGCAGGAAAUAGUGGGCCUAGUGAAUUAACUUUGUCUAAUGUGGCUCCUUGGGCAAUCACUGUGGGUGCUGGAACUAUAGACCGUGACUUCCCUGCCUAUAUCACCCUUGGAAAUGGGAAUAGAUACACUGGAGUGUCCCUUUACAAUGGCAAACUGCCACCUAAUUCUCCACUGCCAAUUGUUUAUGCUGGUAAUACGACGAGUCAAAGCGAAGGAAAUCUGUGCUACACUGGUAGCUUGAUUCCUAAGAAAGUCUCGGGAAAAAUCGUCAUAUGCGAUCGAGGAGGAAAUCCAAGGGUGGAAAAGAGUUUGGUGGUGAAGAAUGCUGGAGGCAUUGGGAUGAUAUUGGCAAACAAUGAAGAGUACGGGGAAGAGCUAGUUGCUGACUCCUAUCUCCUCCCUGCAGCAGCUUUGGGUUCAAAAUUCAGCGAUGAGAUAAAGAAGUACGUUUUCUCAGCUCCCAAACCCACGGCUAAAAUUGCAUUUGGUGGCACCCAGAUAGGAGUUCAACCAUCCCCAGUGGUGGCAGCUUUCAGCUCCAGAGGACCAAAUUUGGUCACACCACAAUUACUCAAACCAGACCUGAUAGCUCCAGGAGUGAACAUCCUAGCUGGGUGGACUGGUGCAGUUGGACCUACUGGCUUAACCGUUGACACUAGGCAUGUGAGCUUCAACAUCAUCUCAGGAACAUCCAUGUCCUGCCCCCAUGUCAGUGGGUUAGCUGCCCUUCUUAAGGGAAAUCACCCAGAAUGGAGCCCUGCAGCUAUAAGGUCUGCUCUCAUGACCACAGCCUACAGAACCUACAAAAAUGGCCAAACAAUAAAAGAUGUUGCCACUGGCCUGCCAGCUACCCCAUUUGAUUAUGGUGCUGGGCAUGUUGAUCCAGUAGCUGCUCUUGAUCCUGGUCUUGUGUAUGAUUGUACUGUGGAUGACUACUUGAGUUUCUUCUGUGCCUUGAACUACACUUCAUUUCAAAUAAAGCUUGUAGCAAGAAGAGAUUUUUCCUGCAGCAAAGGGAAGAAAUACAGAGUGGAAGAUCUCAACUACCCAUCUUUUGCUGUUCCUUUUGACAAACCAGCCACUGUCCAGUAUAAAAGGGUUUUAACUAAUGUCGGUACUCCAGGAACAUAUAAAGUUUCAGUUUUGCAGUCUCCCUUCGUCAAGACUGUGGUCGAACCACGAACGCUUAGCUUCAGGGAACUAAACGAGAAGAAGAGCUACACGGUUACGUUCACACCUUCUUCAAAGUCUUCUGAAACAACCAGCUUUGCUUAUCUGGAAUGGUCGGAUGGGAAACAUAAGGUUACUAGUCCCAUUACUUUUAGCUGGAAUUGACUCUGACAUUAGAAGGCCCCAACUCUGAAUUGCCUGUUUCAAACAUGGUCGAGUGCGAGAAUAACUGUAUAUCUUUGCUUUGCUUUUGGUCCAGCAAAGAAGCCUGAUAGAGCCGGCAAUGUGUCUUCUGUUUUCAUUUGAAAAUCACUAAAGAAAAAUU